AUAGAAAUGAAAUCGUCAUAAAUAAAAUUCAUUAAUUAUGGAGAAUCAAACAGUCUAAGCUUAAGAACUUUUAUCAAAAUGGGGACUUCGCAAUGCAACUGUCUAUAGAAACCCUAGUGUUCCUCUCAUCUAUGAGCUCUCAAUGUCUUAACAACAAAGCGAGGAUCCAACUGUUAGACCAGAUUCCAUAAAUAACACUGGAGCUUUAGUCGCAUACUCAGGCAAGAAAUGCGGUCGUGUUCCUAAGGAUAAGAGAAUCAUCAAGGAUGAAGUCACAGAAAGAGAUGUUUGGUGGGGUGAUGUGAACAUCGGUUUGAGCCAAGACUCAUAUAAUGAAGUUGAAAAGAUUGCUCUCGAAUAUUUAAACAACAAGGAGAAAUUGUUCAUAAUUGAUGGAUAUGCAGGAUGGGAUGUUAAUUACAGAUUAAGAAUUAGAGUGUUUUGCACUAGACCUUAUCAUGCAUUGUUCAUGAAAAACAUGUUGAUUAAACCAACAGACGAAGAACUCAAGAAAGAUUUCAGUGGAGAUGUUGACUUUUACAUCUUCAAUGCUGGUCCAUAAACAAUUUAGAAACCAAUUGAAGGAAUCAAAUCAGAAGGAUGUGUUGCUGUUAAUUUGACUGAGCGUAAGAUGGUCAUUUUGGGAACUCAAUAUGCUGGUGAAAUGAAGAAGGGAGUCUUUGGAGUCACUCAUUAUUUAUUCCCAAAAUAAGGAAUACUCACAUUACACAGUUCUGCCAAUGAAGGUGAAAAUGGUGAUGUCACCUUAUUAUUUGGAUUGAGUGGCACAGGAAAAACAACACUUAGUGCUGAUCCCAAAAGAAAACUUAUUGGUGAUGAUGAACAUGCUUGGUCUGACAAUGGCAUCUUCAACAUUGAAGGAGGUUGCUAUGCUAAAUGUGUUGAUCUCACUAAGGAGAAAGAACCUGAAAUAUACAAUGCAGUUAGAUUUGGAGCUGUCUUGGAGAACAUUGAAUAUUAUUCAGAAGAAACUAGAGAAGUCGAUUUCACAAAUAUUUCAAUUACAGAAAACACAAGAGUCAGCUAUCCAUUAAAUUAUAUUGAUGGAGCAAAAUUCCCAGCUUAAGGAAAUCAUCCAAAGAAUAUUUUCUUCUUGACAUGUGAUGCUUAUGGUGUUUUACCUCCAGUCUCUAUGUUGACACCAGAAUAAGCCAUGUAUCAUUUCAUUUCUGGAUACACUGCUAAAGUUGCCGGUACUGAAGUUGGUGUCAAGGAGCCAUAAGCCACAUUUUCAGCUUGCUUUGGAGAAGCAUUCUUAGCCCUUCAUCCAACUCUCUAUGCUAAUAUGUUGGCUGAAAAGAUCAAGAAAUACGAUACCAAAGUUUGGUUAAUCAACACUGGAUGGUCAGGUGGUAAAUAUGGAGUCGGAUAAAGAAUGUCAUUGAAAUAUACCAGAGGAAUCAUUGACUUGAUCCACGGCGGUGAAUUAAAAGAUGUAGAGUUUGAAAACUUCCCAAUUUUCAAUUUUGCCAUCCCCAAAUAAGCUAAAAACAUUCCAACAUAAAUCUUGAACCCAAGAAAUACAUGGAAAAAUCCUGAAGAAUUUGAUAAAUAAGUUCAUGAAUUGGCUGAGAAGUUUUAGGUUAACUUCAAAAAAUAUGAAGAUAAGGCUACAUAAGAAGUUAUCAAUGCCGGUCCAAAAUUUUGAAUAUGAAAUUUUAUUGUUUAUGUUUAUGAAUUUAUAUAUUCAGAAUUAUUAUUCAAA